AUGCGUCUUUUGCGCUACGACGAACACGGUGAGCUUGGCAUCGUCAGCUUCGACGAUCGCGCAACACCGCCUUAUGCGAUACUGUCACACACAUGGGGAGAGGAUGCGGAGGAGGUGACUUUCGCAGACCUUGCGACAGGCGACGGCAAGGCCAAGCGUGGCUACAAGAAGAUUCGCUUCUGCGGACAGCAAGCACGGCAAGACGGCCUACAGUACUUCUGGAUCGACACGUGCUGCAUCGACAAGACCAAAAAGGCUGAGCUCGCCUUGUCCAUCAGGUCGAUGUUUCACUGGUACCGCAAUGCAGCUCGGUGUUAUGUAUAUUUGUCUGAUGUCUCUAACCAACCUCUACUGGUAACGCCAGGCCACCACGAUUCACGAUGGUUUCUUUGGAUCUGGACACUCUCUGUUCUCUAUACACUGUCGAGAUGGUACAGCAGCGUGAUGCAUCGCUACUUCUAUUCGCGCCAUGUAGCACGCACUCCAGUUGGUAGCGGUGUUGUGCGCAGCAAGCAGACGCCUGAGUUCACGAUUAAAGAAAGCAGAUGGUUUACCCGUGGAUGGACACUGCAGGAGCUUCUCGCCCCAUCCACGGUAGAGUUCUUUUCCAAGGAAGGUGUCAAGCUUGGCGACAAGUUGUCCCUGGCAAAAGAAGUGCGCGAGGUCACUGGCAUUCCUUGCUCAGCGUUGCAGGGCGAACCGUUGUCCGACUUCAGUGUGAAUGAGCGAAUCUCAUGGAAUGAACACCGGGUAACGAAGAUUCUGACAGACCGUGCAUACUCUUUGAUGGGAAUCUUAGGAGUUAGUCUGUCGCCGUUCGACGGUGAGAGUCCAGCUGAGGCGAUGAAACGAACAGAUCCUCGGAACGACAAGAAGCGCAUUGAGGAUACCAAAGGCGGUCUUCUCGCAGACUCCUACCGCUGGGUGCUUGCCAAUCCUACUUUUCAGCAAUGGCAACAGCGCUUGGAUAGCCGACUGCUGUGGGUGAAAGGCGACCCUGGCAAGGGAAAGACGAUGCUUCUGUGUGGCAUCAUUGACGAGCUGCACAACUCGAUGCCAAGACCCGCCCUGUUGUCGUACUUCUUUUGCCAGGCGACCGACUCGCGCAUCAACAGUGCUACAGCCGUGCUACGAGGCUUGCUAUAUAUGCUUAUACACCAGCAACCGUCGCUUAUAUCGCACGUCCGUAAGAAGUACGAUCACACGGGCAAAAGUUUGUUCGAAGACGCUAAUGCCUGGGUCGCCUUAGCAGAGAUCUUUGCAGCUGUGCUGCGUGACAUGGGCUUGGGCACGACGUACCUAAUCAUUGAUGCGCUUGAUGAAUGCAUGACUGAUCGGCCAAAGCUACUCCGCUUCAUUGCAGAGCAGUCGUCUGCGUCCUCUCGCGUCAAGUGGAUCGUGUCUAGUCGCAACUGGCCGGCCAUCGAGGAACGACUACAACGAGCAGAGCACGAAACGCGGCUGAGCCUUGAGCUAAACGUAGAGUCGGUUGCUGCGGCAGUUGACGUCUUUAUCCAGCAAAAGGUCGACCAGUUAGCGCAAGAGGAGCAGUACGAAGAGGAACUUCGACACGCCGUGCUCCAACAUUUGAAGUUGAACGCGAACGGUACCUUCCUCUGGGUAGCGUUGGUGUGCCAAAAGCUCGAAGAGACAGACAAGUGGAACGUGCUUGAAAGGCUGACCCAAUUCCCCCCUGGGCUCGACUCUCUGUACGAGCGGAUGCUGCAGCAGAUGACUGAGUCUGAUAGCGCUAACAUAUGCCUGCGGGCGCUGGCAGUGACUGCUGUCCUGUAUCGGCCUGUCACAGUCGCUGAGUUAGUGGUGCUUACUAAGCAGCUUGCGGGACUUGUUAAUGACCUUGGAUCUGUGCGGAAAAUUAUCGGUCUUUGCGGAUCGUUUCUCACUUUGCGAGAAGACACAAUCUACUUUGUGCACCAGUCUGCAAAAGACUUCCUCUUUGCAAGUGCAUAUAAAGAGAUUUUUCCACAGGGCGCUGAAGCCACUCAUCACGUGAUCUUCUCCAGGUCGCUCGCGAUUCUAUCUGAAGCGUUGCGCAGGGAUAUGUACAGCCUAGGGGUGUUAGGAACUGCUAUUAAAGACGUUCAGCCGCCAGAGUCAGACCCGCUUGCCGCGUCACGCUACUCGUGCGUCUACUGGAUCGACCAUCUGUGCGACUCGAAGCCCAGGUCUUGGGCAGACGGUGUUGAUGAGCUGAAAGUCGGAGGCGCCAUCAAUGAGUUUAUAAAGAAGAAGUAUCUCUACUGGCUAGAAGGGCUCAGUCUUUGCAGAAGCAUAGGAAAAGGGGUAGUCUCGAUGGCAAAGCUAUGCUCUCUUGCUCAGGAGAUGCAAAAUGCGAGUGAGCUUACUAAGCUUGCGCAAGAUGCCAGCCGAUUCGUCAUGUACCACAAAGGGGUAAUUGAGAGCUACCCACUCCAAACGUAUGCAUCUGCGCUGCUGUUCAGUCCGACAGGGAGCGUGACUAGAAGGUUGUUCCAGCACGAGGAGCCAAAAGGAAUCACUGUUAAGCCUGCGAUGAGCGACAGCUGGAGUGCUUGUCUGCAGACGCUCGAGGGCCAUAGCAGCUAUGUCACGUCUGUAGCCUUCUCGCACGACUCGAGCAAGCUGGCGUCGGCGUCAGGCGACAAGACCGUCAAGGUGUGGGAUGCGAGCAGCGGGGCGUGUCUGCAGACGCUCAACAUCGGCAAGCCUCUCCACAGCCUAUCCUUCGAUCCCACCAACUCCUUUCUCUGUACCGAGAUAGGCCCCAUUGCCAUACACGGCCUAGGAAUUCCUAGCGAGAUAGCUGUGAUGGAACCUGCACGCCCUCAAUAUUCAGGCACAAGCCUUGGUUCUGAUGGCAUAUGGAUCAAGUACAACGGCAGGAACGUGUUGUGGAUACCGUCAGACUAUCGACCGUCAUGCUCUGCGGUGUGCGGGAACAGACGCGUGGUUCAAGCUAGUGAGGAUACUAAAGUCAAGUACGGCGUCUACAACGACGACGUCCACAACUUCGAUGAAACUGGGUUCCAGAUGGGCGUCGCUUCGUCUUCAAAGGUUGUCACAGGCUCAGAGAGACGUGCUCGACCAGAGCUUGUUCAGCCAGGCGAUCGCGAGUGGGUUACUGUUAUCCAGAGCAUCUGCGCCGCUGGGUAUGCAACCCCGCCUUUCAUCAUCUACAAAGGACGCGUCCACAUCUCUGCUUGGUACGAGGAGACGGAUAUACCCCACAAUUGGAAGCUCUCAGUCUCUAAGAACGGCUGGACAAACAAUUCGCUUGGCCUUAAGUGGUUGAAGCACUUUGACGCGCAUACAAAGACGCGUCAGGUAGGGGUGUACAGGUUGCUCAUCUUGGACGGCCACGAGAGCCAUCUCAACCAGGAGUUCAAGGACUAUUGCCUAGAGAACAAAAUCCUUACUCUCUGCAUGCCACCUCACUCGUCGCACAUCCUCCAGCCACUUGACGUGGUCUGUUUCUCGCCGUUGAAGCGCAAGUACUCCUAA